GCCGCGGCCCGCGCCCCGCACCGCCGCCUCCCUCGGUCUGGGCACCCCUCGCCCCCUCCCUCCGGCCCCCGCCAGGCUCGGGCAGCGGCCGCCCCCAGCCCCCGCUCGGCCACAUCCCCAACUCUCCGGGCUCCCUCCUGGGACGCGCGCCCUCGCCCCAUCCUUUCUUCCUUCCUUCCUUCCCUCGCGCCCGCCCUCCCUCUCCAGGUCUCCCUCCCGGGGCCCGAUUGUCUCCGUCCCCUGCCCAGCCGGCCCGCGCCGCGCCCUGCCCGGAGUCUCCCUCGCACUUCCUGGGUCGCCCGGCGCCGCAGUCUCGCCUCGCCCCGGGAGCCCGAGCCGCCGCUGCCCCCGGCUCCAGCCCCCGCAGCCCGCGGCGCCCGCCCGAGGGAGCCCCGGCGCCCGGGGAAGGGAAAAGUGGGCGAGCGCGCCCUCGCCCAGCCCCGCGCCCCAGCCCUGCCCGGCGAGGAAGGACCGGGAAGAUGAACAACGGCGGCAAAGCCGAGAAGGAGAACACCCCGAACGAGGCGAACCUUCAGGAGGAAGAGGUCCGGACCCUAUUUGUCAGCGGUCUCCCUCUGGAUAUCAAACCUCGGGAGCUCUACCUGCUUUUCAGACCAUUUAAGGGCUACGAGGGUUCUCUUAUAAAGCUCACAUCUAAGCAGCCCGUAGGUUUUGUCAGUUUUGACAGUCGCUCAGAAGCAGAAGCUGCAAAGAAUGCUUUGAAUGGCAUCCGCUUCGAUCCUGAAAUUCCGCAAACACUACGACUAGAGUUUGCUAAGGCAAACACGAAGAUGGCCAAGAACAAACUAGUAGGGACUCCAAACCCCAGUACUCCUCUGCCCAACACUGUACCUCAGUUCAUUGCCAGAGAGCCAUAUCCUAAGACUUCAUCUGCACAGUCCUCUCGAAACAGUGACGAUGAGCUCACAGUGCCUGCACUUUACCCCAGUAGCCCUGAAGUGUGGGCCCCGUACCCUCUGUACCCAGCGGAGUUAGCGCCUGCUCUACCUCCUCCUGCUUUCACCUACCCCGCUUCACUGCAUGCCCAGGUUCCCAGCCCCCCACCUGCCAUGGGGCUGUGCCCCCACCCCCUCCUUUACCACCUGGAGUCUGCCCUUUGCUUAGUGAGCAAGUGGAUUCAGAUGCACAAAGCCAUAAGCCAUGGAUGCGCUGGCUCCCUCCGUCCGAGGCUACUUCUCAGGGCUGGAAGUCCCGUCAGUUCUGCUGAAUACCAUGUUCCAGGUGUGUGAUGGUGGCUGCAAUCUGUCUUGUGGGUAUUAAUGCAACCUUCAGUGGUGGCUGCUGUUCUCAAGCUGUUCUACAAAACUGGAGCGUGCUGGCUUGAAAACAUCUUGCCCAGUUUUCGUCCCUUCAAGACUUUGCCACAGCCUCUAUCACACAUCUGUUUUUCUCGAAGAAACAAAUAUAAUAAAAAUGUUUUACUCUUUUACACUGUAUAAUUUUAAAAAAUAGUGUGUUAUUUGUGAACGCAUGGUCUGACAUUUCUGUACAGUUUGGAGAUAUUUUCAAACGAAACAUAAAAGAUAUCAACAAUAAAA